GAAAACAUGAGAAACCUCGGGGUGUUAGUGCCAUUAAGCACUUUUUAAAACCACAGUUUGCAAUAACUUCCGAGACAGAGAGAGAGUUGUCUCUCUUUUUCCUCCGGAUUUUGCCCCUUAUCCUCGUUUUGCCGAAGCUUGUUGUCGGAUAAUCUUCUUGGAGGACUUGGAAUUUGACAUCUUUCAGUUCUAGAGGUGAAUCGCAACGGCAGGUUCUCCAGCAUGGGAAACAAGCCUGCGAAGCAAGAAAGGGAAGAGGUAUUGUUGAAAGUUGUUCCUCCAUUGGACCGUGCAUAUGUUAGGUGGCUUGCUCGCGAUCUUGAGAGGACUCAUGGCUUUACACCAGUGAACCCUCGUGCGGUGAAGCCGCCAGAACAUUAUAUUGAGUACAUGCAUUUGAAUGGCUGGUUGGAUGUAGACCUGGGCGAUCCUGAUCUAGCCCAUUUAUUCAAGUAGAUAGCGAUGGCGAUGCACUCAAAACCAGAUUUGAGAAGAAGAAAAAGAGUGGCAUUUCUACCAGUAUAGCAGUGAUUGGAUUGUGAUUUGAGUACAUAUCUGGCCCUCCAAUUUGAUGUAACAUUUCAAAUUUUGGAUUCAAAUGGGGCUUCUUGUAUCGAAUGGCUUAUUUCACUUUUGCUCUGGAAUCCACAUUUUGCCACUUAACACCUUGAAACUCGAUUUUGUUUCA